UUUUUACAGCGUCUACUUUUGUCUUUUGUUAUUAUUAAAAUAACGCAUAACCUUUUAGAAUUGUUUUUCGUUUAUUAAAGCACAAAUCAAUUAAAUAACUUUGAAUUCAAUGUGAAAGUAUCGUUUUACAUGAAAUCGAGGGAUACGGUGUAUAAAACACAGCGAAAAGAUGUUUUGUGUGCAAGAGGCUGAAUCACCGCACUCAGAGCCAUUCAGAACAUCAGACAAGGAUCCCCUUACCAUACACUCAGACUCCAGUGAUGAUGAGCCAAGCUCAAAACGGCUCAAAUUCGCCCCCGAGCUCAACCUGCAAGUGUACCAAAUACCAGCGUUCUCCACACCAAAAUCUCUGUCCAACUUAUCAAUAUUUCCAUCCACCACAAACACGUUACCAAAGUUUGUCAACAACCCACUGAAUUUGGCAAAUCCACUUGCGUUUGCUACGAGUAACUUGAAUGCUAAUAAUAUUGUGAAGAAUCUGCACAGUCGGUACUCUCUGCCGGCCAAGUUGACCAUAACGCCUGUGACGAAGCCCGUGGAAGGCGAGGUGGUGAGGUACAAGAAGAAUGGGGAGGUGGCCAAGAAGAGAGGACCGCCGAAGGGGUACAAGAGGAAACCGAAGGAUUUGUCACAGAGUUAUUCCAGUGGUGCUCUUUUACAAGCCCAGAACACGAUACUGACGAGCCUGCUGGCCGCCAACACCACGCUGACGACGCUGCCGGCGCCGCCGCCGCCGCCCGCCGUGCAGAUCCGACUGCCGCCCGGCACAGAGCUGGUGGAACUGCUGCUGGACCCCGAGGACUGGUUCCCCACGGAGCCCUACCGCAUGGUGUUCAGUCGGAAGAAGAACCCCAAGUGGAAGAACUUCCCCUACCGAUGUGAACAUUGUUUUAAAGGCUACCGCGUGGUGUCGACGCUGGUGAGCCACGCGGCGGAGCGGCACGGCUCCGUCCCGCGCGAGCUGGCCAUCCCCUGCCCCUGCUGCCCGCACGUGUCGCUGCGCCGCAAGCACCACAAGAAGCACCUGGAGCAGCACGAGAGCAGGAAGCGCAGGAUAUUCUGCAGCUACUGCCUGCCGCCAGCGGACUCGUCGGAGCCGUACGUGAAGGAGUCGGAGAAGUAUCCGUUCGACGCGUUCCCGCAGUACUGGUACGCGUCGGAGGAGUCGCUGCGCCUGCACAAGAAGCGCAAGCACCCCUACGCCGCCAUGCUCAACUACAACUGGUUCUGCACGUGGGCCGACUACGCGCCCAACAGCUAAGCCUCAUGUUUCCACCGAAUACUGACUAUUGGUAGGAAUUUGGGUGAAAUUCUACCAAAUACUGCUAAUUGGUAGGAAUUGGGGUGAAAUCCUACCAAAUUGUGGUAGUUUUUGUACCAAGCUUUAGAAUUGUGUAACUGAUGUCUUACCAAACUGUAGAAGUGGUAUAUAAUGUCUAUCAAACGGUAAAUAUUUUAAGAAAUGGUAUAGUUUUUCUACUCAACGUUUUUAGGAAUGGUAUGGUUGAUAUUUAUACCAAAUAAUAGAUGUGGUUGUAUGAGUCCUAGAACAAAAUAUUUGUUCAUGAUCAUACAGCACUUUGUGUAUUGAUAUUCAUGCGAGUCAAUACAACUAAGUCAAUGAAUGUAACACAUAUAUAAAAUUAAAUAAAAAAUACAAUCUCAGAUCUUUGCAGAAAAUAUAUUUUAUAUCAAAUGAUAUGUUUAUAUGCUUUAGACAAUUUUCAGGGGCAUAUUUUUGUUAUUGGAUGCACCAAGGUGUAUUCCUUUAAGUUUUUUGAAGGAAAACAUUUCACCACCUUGAUUUGACUCGUUCACAGUUUUGUCUGACUCGACAUAAACAUUAUACACAAAGUUAGAGUAAUCAUCAGUAAAUAUAUGAUGACCAUACUAUUAGGACUAAAUACACUUUGGAAUUUCUACCAAACGGUAGAGAUUGUAUAGGAUUUCUACCAAACAAUAAAUUUAGUAUUAAAAAUUAAAUCAUAAUGGAAAUUGUGUUUAUUGAUUGUUUAACGUGUCUAAAAACGUUUCUAUAAUCAUUAAACAUAUUUAGCAUUAUGUUGAAUUCCAUAUGACAGAAUACUCCUAUUUGUGUCUUAAAAUUGUAACUACUACAAUGGUAGAGUUGACUGGUAGAAAAUUCCUUUUGAAGUUUGGCAAUGUUGAAUACAUUUCUGACAGCUUGUGAUUUAACAAAUUAGGUAACUUUGAUGGGACUACGAUUUUAUAUUUAUUUAUUUAUUUCAUCAUCACUAUCAACCGAAGGGCCCCAUCGAAGGCUCUUCUCUCUGUACUUCGUUUAUUUAUUUAGCUUACAUUGAUUUUAAAUCCAGUAUUUGAUGUCAUAAAUCAAAUACUUAUACUUAUAAUACUUAUAAUAUUUCAAUCACAGCUAUGGUCCUGUCAAAAAUUAAACUUCACUGACAAAAGUCAGAAAUGCGUUCUUAAAACUAACAUACAUUGUCAUUUGAAGCGUUUUUCAUAUUUUUGCUACCAUCGGAUAUAGAGAAUUGGUACAAAAUGGUAGUUUUUAUAACAAGUGAUUUUAGCAUUAGACAUUUGAAUGUAUAUACGUGUAUUGUAAAAGUGAGAUUAGUGAAGCCAGCGUGUUAAGGAACUACAAAUUAUGAGAAGUAGUCAGGAAAGAGUCUAGAAAACUUAGGAUAUUCAACAUAAUAUCUCAUAAAAAAAUAAAACAAAAACGUUUACUUGGACAAUUGAUGAUCUUGGACCAUUGAAAACUGCUACCUUCCAGAUCCACAGUCCUAACUCCGUAAUAGGGGAUGAUGACAGUUUUUUUUUAAUUGCAUAUAAAUUAAGAAUAUACUAAUAGUAAAGCAAUUUUGUAGAAGUAACAGGGUGUCAGCGAUCAUUACUUUCAGAGAUUUAAAAAAGGGUCACAUUUACCGCGCUGCCUCAAAUCAAUAUAAAACGCUCCAUACUAAAUGGCACGAAUUAAUGACGUCAUGGAUUCGUGAUAUCAUUAGAUUUGUAUGGGUGAUCAAACAAAUUCACAAAUAUCUUUGUUAUUUGUGCGUUUAUGUUUAUAUCUCAAAUAAUGAAAAAUGACACAUUGAAUGUAAGGAAGCUUGUAAGAAAUUUCAACUUAAUUGAUUUUGAAAUUUUAUAAUCUAUUUUACAAACAUCCAGACAAUCACUGUUUUUAAUAUUGGCCUUAUUUACCCGAAUGUCUUACAAAAAUCAAUAUAUUCGAAACUAGUCAUCAUCCCCAUUGUAAACCAUACUUAUCUUAUAUAGGAGCGUGACGUCAUACAUACGUUGCUUCCAGUUCCUUGACGCGGCGGAAGGAUUUUGAUACAUUAUGCUAAGGCCAGUAGCUAUUAAUGAAAACGCCUGAAUAGUAUUAGUAUUUUUGGAUGUAAUUUAUGAUUAUCGAUGUGGCAACACUCGCCUUCCUCGUACUUAUGAUUAGAUCGUAAAAACUCAACCACACACCGGUGUUGCAAUAUUAACGAUUUUUCUACUGAAUUGGUAGAAAAUAUACGGUUAUUUGUAAGCGUCUACUAAUUUGGUAGAUUUUUUGACGGUAUUUUGUAAGUGUAACAUAUUUUUGUAUCAAAAAGUAGUUUGUGGACCUAUAAAAAUCGUGCCUUGGUCGAUUUUUGUUUUGGAAAUUUUUGACAUUCCACAAUUAGUAAUUUAUAAUGAAAUACGCUUAAAACUUUUGACAAGUAUUUUAUACAAAAAUUGUGAAGUAUUUUUGUAAUUUCUACCAUUCUGUUGUAAUGGUAGAAAAUGGAAUGUAAAUUGUUAGCUUUUUUUAACAAAUACGUCCUGAAUGCAGAUUAUGUUUUAAUGUCAACAUUAGUUUAUAAUUUGGUGUAACAAUGAUAUUGAAUGCCAGUGUUAGUUAAGUUAGCUGUAAGUUCGUAACUUGUAUGACGAACAGACGUACAAAACAGUAUACCAGUAUUUUUUAUAUAAAUAUUUGAUGCAUUUAGUAAGUUUUUUACAAUUAUAGUGUAAUAUUUACAUAUGAGCAGUUUAGUUUAGAAGUUUUUAGGAAUUUAAGAUUUCUAAAUUUCCGCGGGAAUCGAACCAGCGACCGCUAAACUAAACUGCUCCGUGGAAGACGAACAAACUGACUGUAAACCAAAUCGUUCAGUAUUAUAUAUUAAGGCACUUAACUAUUGUAUAGAACUGUUCAUACUGAUUCUCGGUAAAGGUCAACGCACAUUGUAGACAAAUUGACAAAUCAAAUAUUUGUCUGCUGGUAGAAAUACAGGGUGCUCGAGAGUAUUUACCAUAACUCUAUGGUUAUAUUCUUUAAGGAAAAUUAAUUAAAAAUGUCUGAGGAACAUGUGCUCCAAAAUUAAUAUUUUCGGAGUAAAUAAAAAUAUUUUGUAAAUAGACCUUACCUUGUGUACUUUAUAUAAUAUCCUUAUAUUAUGACCUAGAAACUUAUUCAUCGAAAAUAUCAUGAAGUAGCUUACUAGUGAAUUGCGGAGUGCCAGUUGCAGUAUCUCGUUUAUAUCGACAGUCUCAAUACGAUUACGUAUUUCAAAAUGCAAGGAUAGAUAAAGGCUUGUUACAUGGCUAGUCGGAAUUAUUUGAAUUAAUUUUAUUUAGGUAAAAAAAAAUCAUACACUUGGCUCCUAAAAGUGAAACAACACCUUGAAGUUAUGGAAAAUACUCCCGAGCACCCUGUAUAUAUGACGUACAGCGUUGUAUACACAAUAUUUUUUUACUAUUAUUAUGUUUUUUUAUUAUCAGCGAAUUACACUUUGUAAUUAAGCUGUGCUCUCUUUUAAAUAUCGUUCAAAUAUACUCCUUCAUAUUACGAAGCCAAGCUAGCUGGUACAAUUCAAAAGCAAAUUGAAAAUGUCCGAAAUCAAAUAUUUACAAACCUCUCCCGCGGUGUGCGUUGACCCGUGUACCAACAGAACUUGCAGUUGUAUGUGACAGAAGCGGGUACAUUUAGAUAUUUUACAAGCUUUUAUUGUUUACACUGUAACUGAUCUCUGACACCAUAUCACUUCAUGUUCAGCAUUUAUUUAUGUUUAUGUAUUUACUUUUGUUUAUGUUUUAAUAUCUAGGAAACAACCCCCAAGUCCACGAAACUCACAAAUAACGUGGCUUUCUAUUGGUAAACGAAUUUUCAAAAUCGGUUUAGUAAAUCCAGAGAUUAUUUUAGAAUUUAAACUAUUGUAAGUGUUUUUCAUAUUAAUUGAUUAUGAAACACGGCUAAAACUCAUGCGAUACAACAUCGGAGUGUGCCCGACUAGUUUCGAAUCCAUAUAGCAUACGGGGUCAUGAGCUGAUUAUAUCGUGCCCUGUGUCAGGUAAAAUCAGAACUAAUAUCAACUGACUACGAUUCUGAGUUGUGAGCUAACUGUAACUGUAAAAUCACUAACGUACUAGCAGCGUGACGGUGUUCACGCUGCCUGACAAAUAAUUGAACUGAAGUCGUCAAAUACCCUCUUAUUUAUACCAUCACUGUGUGUGACAACUUCAUACAAAUACCUCCUUUUUAUAUUUAGCAUAGCACAGAUCGCAUAUGAUGCCCCUAUUGCAUGUUUUUUUUAACAUUUUUCGUCAUGUCUAAAUAUUUAUUUCUAUAUUAGUAAAGAAAUCAAUUGAGUAGCUGUAUGUAUUAUCACAAUUUUAUCGCCUUAUUGCGGUGUCAUUUUAUAAUUUUUACUUUAUUUAACUUAUGUUUUUUAAUACUCUCGACAAAUGAGCCAACUGAUGAACUUUGUAUUGAUAGUAAUAUUUUUUGUAAAUAAACAUUUUUAUAAUA